AAUGUUUUAUCUUAAAUGGUUCUCUUUCUCACUUUGUUUUCUCUCACAAAGAAAGGAUCCUAUGCUAUUAGUCUGAUCAAUUUACGGCAAGGCUACGAUGGUGACGGGGGAGAGGUGUGGGUCUGGGCUCGUGGUCUUCCUCGUCUCAGAUGCGGGCUCAAUGGAACAUCUGCUUGUCCAAAUGGAAGAUUCUAUUGUCAAAAUGCAGGGCAUGCUCCUAAAGUGUUAUUCUCUUCUAGAGUGAAUGAUGGUAUAUGCGACUGCUGUGAUGGGAGUGAUGAGUAUGAUGAUAAAGGGAAAUGCCCUAAUACAUUUCAGACUGUUGGAUACUUAAAGGACUUGUCCAGCAGCUUAGAGGUAUGAUCUCCUCAUUCCCUAUUCAUAUUUAUUUUAGCUAAGUUGGGUAGUGAACUUAUGAUAGAUGUCAUUAUUCAUAGGGUUUAUGCAAAUUAUUUCAACUUGCAUAUGGGUCAGUAUCUUUUAAUGAACUUCCAAUGCUCAAUGAAGUGAUAUUUUGUAUUAAUGAAAAAUAAGUAUGGGUCUUGGGAGGUGUACAUUCCAAAGUUUAU